AAAUGGCUAUGUCCACCACCACUUGUUGCCUGAACAACCUCAAUCCGCCGCCGCGGCUGCUCCCGAAGUCCACCACACCCACCACCAAUCAACUCCUUCCACGGAAUGGAAAUGGAGAACGAUGGCAAAAGCGGUGCGUUUUGGGGGUGGUCGGAGUGGCAGUGGCUCUGCAAAUGGUCGGAGAAAGUGGCGGCGUAGAAAUGGGAGAUGUCAAUUUUGUUGAUUCCAGAAAAUGGAGCGAAGAAAGAAUGUGCCCACAGUGGCGGCUCAAUUCCCUCGAAACCAUCGUGCCGGAGAAUCUCCCAAGGCCGGCCGCCCGCCGGAGAUGGGAGCCCGCCGCCCUUCCUCGCACAGCUCCUCAACUCCGAACCAUACAUCCAUCUCCCCUCUCUACUCGCUGCUUCUCUAUGUAAUUACCAAAUCCCUAAAUACCAAUGCUUAAAUACCAUUUUACAAUAUGAAUAAGCUUUAAUAUUCUUAAUUUUCGUAA